GUGAGUGAAGAAGGCAGAAAUAGCUUCCGCAAAGCCUUCCGGCACCUGUAGUUCAAUAUCCUUAAAAGGGCGUGGCCAGAGGAUGGUGCGAGGGCUUUAAGUCCCAUAUGAGGGAGGCGGUCAGGGCGAUGUCGAUUUCGCGGAAAUUUUAAAAGCUUUGUGUAGUGGCGUUCUGGUCCUUCCAGUGUAGUCGCGUCUGUUUUUUUCUUGCUUCCUCGCUCAGUUUGUGCUACGUUGAUUUUUUUGCCCUUUUCUUUUUUUGCCCCAGCGUUGUUGGGUAAGCGUUGAAUGGAGAACGGUGCUUUACAGUGCAAUCCUAUUGCGUGUUUCCUGAGAAGGUCAUUAGAUAAUGAUGAAUCAAGAAAAUAUCUCACACUUCCAGUGUAUUUCCUUAUCACUUUCAUUAUUGCAAAAAAUCCAAAAAAUGGGGAGGUAUUGAAUAAGAGUUCCAAAUCAACUUUAAUUGCACAACUGGAAUUUGCAGAUUGGUGGUGUCCAGCACCAUCCACACCUUUUGCGGCAGUUUCAGAAAGAGCAAUUCCCUGGAAAACCUUUUGCCGAGGGCUACUGCAGCUCUGGUGGAGAAGAAAGGUGAAAUUCAACUUUAAAAAAAUAAUAAUUCUGGUGUCUUCAGCCAUGGCUGCUGAGAGCACCCUGAAGAAGUUUGAGUUGGAAGUGACUUGCUCCAUCUGCUUGGAGUAUUUCACAGACCCAGUGAUUCUAGACUGCGGGCACAAUUUCUGCCAUCACUGUGUUUUCAGCUACUGGAGGAAUUUUGUGCCCGACAAGAGCUGCCCUCAGUGCAAAUGGGUAGCUGAGCCUGACAGGCUCCUUACAAACAAGCCGCUGGAAAACUUUGUUGGGUUACUCAAACAGCUGGAAGUUCAGGCAAAAGAAGCGAUGGGAGAGGAUGGAGUUUGUGAGAGGCACUCGGAGCCUCUCGCGCUUUUCUGUAAGACUGACCAGGCCCUCAUCUGCUCUGCGUGUGUCGAAUCCAUGGAGCACCAGGCUCACGACAUGGUUCCUGUGGAGCAAGCUGCUCAAGAGACCAAGGAUCACUUUGUUAAUUGCAUUGAGAUUCUAAGGAACCAGGGAGAGACAAUUCUGGGGCAUAAAUCAAAAGCAGACAAGGAGAGUUACAACCUGCUUAAAUCAGCAAACACAUUGAGCCAAGAAACGGUGACCAAGUUCAAGGAGUUGCGCCAGUUUCUGAUGUCCGAAGAGCACCGCGUGAUAAGCAAGAUCCAAGACACAGUGAAAGAAUUCAUAAAGAGGAGGAACAAUCACAUGGGCAGACUUUUCCGGGAAGUCUCCUCUUGCGAAAGCGUCAUCCGGGAGAUGGAGAAGAAACGUUGUCAGUCAGUGAGUGAACUCCUGCAGGAUGUUGGGAGCACCUUAGACAGGUUUCAACAAGUGACAUCAUUUCAGUGCACAGGGUCUUUUUCAACCAAGCAGCUAUGGGAAAUUUGGGAUAUAUCUGAUGCAAAUACCUCUUUGGACAGUGCUGUGAAGCAAUUCAAAGACAUGCUGGAACGUAAAUCUGCACUCCAGGAAGCAAUUAUUACGUUCGAUCCAGAGACGGCUCAUCCCUGCCUCAUCCUGUCUGAGGAUUGUAAAAGCGUGAGACUAGGAGACAGAACCCAAGAUGUGCCCAAGAAUCGAAAGAGAUUUGAAUCAAGUGUCUUUCUGCUGGGAUGUGAAGAGUUUGCAGUAGGCAGGAAUUACUGGGAUGUCGCUGUGGGAAGUGAGGGGGAAUGGGCUGUGGGGGUUGCCAGAAAGUCUGUGAAGAGAAAGGAGGUGGCUGCCAUCAGUUUUAAGGUUGGCAUCUGGGCUGUAGGGAAGCGUGGAAGCCAGUAUGUGGUUUUCAACCCCCCUGACUUCUCUCAUCUGAACUUUACUGGAGAGCUCAAGAAAAUCCGAGUGUCUCUAAACUGUACUGGGAGGCAAGUGACCUUUUUUGAUGCAGAUGAAGCAGUCCUGCUCUUCCAGACUCCGAUAAUGACCAUUGCCAGAGAGACCUUUCUCCCUUUUUUUCAUGUGGCUGAUAAAGCUGUUCUCACACUCCCUCACUAAAGCAGUUGGCACCUUCUUGCCACUCAGGGCUCUGACCUCUUAACGGCGAUGAUCCUGCUUUCAUGUUUCACUAUGCAUCUUCACAGCUGAUGGAGGGCAGGACACCAAAAGCACAGUUUUGUGUCUGCUUGGGGAGGCUGGUGUGACACUCAGACCAGCCUUUUCCAACCUGGUACCCUCCAAGUAUUUUGGACUACAACUCCAACUGAUGAGAGUUGUAGUUCAAAACAACUGGUGCUGGUGUGGGGAACCUUUGGAGCUCUAGAUGUUGCUGAACUACAGCUCCCUUAGUUCCUGGCCCUUGGCCAUGGCUGUUGGGGCUUAUGGGAGUUCAACAACAUCUGGAGGGCCAAAGGUUCCCCACACUUGAUCUGGACAGGUACCAUGUUGAGGAAGGCUAUUCUAAGUUGGACCCACUAUUCAAAGUGGCUAUUUGGCUUGUUGUGUCCCUCCUCCAAUGAAUGAGAUUCUGGGGUGGGGAGUGAAAACUUAACCAAUCCUGACCGUAUUUAUAUUUCAAUGGGGGGAGCACCACAAUUUAUAUGGUUAUACUGCAAGAUCUGUAAUCAACAGUGAAGUCGAUCUGCAUGUUAACUUUUAAAGAGAACUUUUGUUUGCUCUUCCACGUAAAACAUAUUAACAUGUUUGUGGGAGGUUUUUUGCUAUGCUGAGACGUAUUAAAAGUUUUAUAAAUAUA